AUGCCCGCCCCGGGGGUGGUGAGGAACUUGUGCUUCCGGAUAAGCAUCGUGGGGGCAGCGAACAGCGGAAAGUCAUCCCUCCACAACCGACUGAUGAGGCAACUGAGCGCCAACUACAAACAGUCGCUUGUUCACCAUGAGGCAAAUUAUUCGAUCAACACGAAUGAAAGUCCCUUCCGAGUGGAAAAUACGAAAUGUCUUAUGACGGACACACCAGGGAUGAACGAACAAAUGAUGAAGAAGCUCCAACUGUACCACCACAACAUGUAUCAACAACACCACCAGCCUAACAACCUCAUCAGUCAGUACUUUCACGUUAUACGAAACAGCCACUUAAUUUUUUUUUGCGUAAAAUGUUCCCAAGUUAGGGAGAGCGAUAUUUUAGCGUAUCAAAUUGUUAGGGACAUUUUCACGUCGAAGGAAAAUUUGUUUACCGUCCUGUUUGACGAGAGUGUCAGAAAUGGAAGGGGUGAGUUGGACGACGACGUGGAAACAACUCAGAGGAAGUACAAUUUUUUACACGCCUUCGAGUAUUUUAGCAACGUGGUCUUUUUUCCAAAUAGGUUGCCCUAUCAAGACGAGGGAGAAGACUUAGUGGACCUCAUACGGCGGAAGGUCAGGGAGGAAGUGAAUCGCCACCACGCUACGAUUGUCCACCACUCUACAACCGACGAUGACGCUACGAUGGAUGACCACACAUGUGAUCCUCAGGAAAACUCCACAAACGAUGAUGUGAUGGACCUGGUGGAUGAGAGUCUGCGCAUCUUCCGACCAAAGCUCAGCGAAGAAACGAGGAAUUAUUUUUACAAAUAUGUGGACCUCAGGAAAAAGGAAAAGUCGGACGAGCGGCUGUUUAACGAUUUUCUGAGCGAAAGGAUUUUAGGAAAGUCGCUCAGGAAGUGGACGAGGGAGGAGUUGGUUGCACGAGGGGCAAUACAGGAAGAAGCAAAUGGUGUACAGGAGGUAGAACCGGUGCAGGAAGCGGCCGUCCAUAACGCCACCCAAAUUGAUGCCCCACACGACCACGUCGACAAGAUGCAAAGCAACUUCGAGCGAAAAAGGAGAACCGCCGUGAAGGUGAAGAACAAGCGAAUGCGGCUUUUGCAGGCCAUCGUGGGAGGACAGCGGGGGGUCAACCCGUACGAACUAUUGAAGCUGAGUGAUACAGGGGAAGACACCCCUAAGGAAGAUGCAACCCCUAUUAGGGAAUCCACCUCUGUUAAGGAAGUCACCCCUGAGGAAGAUACCACCCACGUUGGUAAUGCCACCCCCGAGGAAGCCCCCCCACACCUGCAGGUGUGCAUCCUGGGCGAAAGGAACUGCGGGAAGACGACGCUGAUCGAGGCCAUCCUGCGAAGGCCCAUCGUGCGUGAGCAGGACGUGGUGGAGCUCUUCGGGAAAAAAAAAUACAUUAACAGAGACCAAACAAUAGAACACAAAAAUGUACAAAUAACCUUAGCAGACACGUGUAGCUUAACGAAGCAACACAGAUUCAGAGGGGAGGACAAUUACCACGAGGAGGACAAACAAGUAUUUACCAAUGUGCAUAAAAGCGACCUGUGUGUGUAUGUAAAGGAAGCCAAAGAAAACAACCUAACCGUAAGUAAGGAGGAUAAGAAAAUAAUGUUUUACCUUUUGAAAAAAAAAAAAAAUAUAAUCGUUGUGGUAAGUAAGAUCGAUACUAUAUUGUCCAACUUUGAGGAGAAAAAAAAUGAGUUCCUCUCGUCCUUCUCUUCCUCCUUCAAUGACAUUCCAGUUGUCUUCUUAAACCCAAACAAUCAAAUGCACGUGCAGACAUUACUUAACCGGAUGGUUCACAUACACAAAAUGAGUCACGUGCGGAUCCCCACGUCCACCCUAAACCUCUUCCUAAUUAGGUUCCUUCAGCUAUUUCCUAUCCCUUGGGUGAGGAAAAAGAAAUGCAGCUUCAAAUACAUCAGACAAGUGAAUACUAACCCAGUCACCUUCCUCCUCUUCACCAACCUCUACCACAACGUACCGAACAAUUAUUUGUCCUUUUUUAAAAAAAAACUAAAGGAUGAAUUUCACUUAAGAAGCGUUAAUAUUCAGUUCAUCUUUCGCACGACUUGCGAUAAUGCCAACGCUAGAAGGAGUCGCUUUGUCCGUGCCGGGGGGAAGGCCAUGUAG